AUUAAGUAAUUGUAACUUUCACAUUAAACAGGAGCAGUUUUUCUGCUAUUUAGUUGCACUACUAGCUCUGAUCGAGGAUUCAUCAUCUUCUGCUAUUCCAUAAUCACCCAAUAGCUAAAAUAUGAUGUUCUCUAAGCUUUCAUUACUUCGUCUAAUUAUAUGUUCACUCUUAAGCCUCCAUUCCUCCCAACUUUUCACGUCUACCUCUUUUGCCUUUGCUGCCAUCACUGCUGAAAACCAAGAGAGGGAAGCAGCUGCUCUACUUGAGUGGAGAGUGAGUCUUGACAACCAAAGCCAAGCUUCUUUGUCAUCAUGGUCCAGUGGUGUAAGUCCUUGCACGUGGAAAGGAAUCGUUUGUGAUGAUUCCAACUCUGUGACCGCUAUAAAUGUGGCAAAUCUUGGGCUAAAAGGUACUCUUCACAGUCUCAAAUUUUCAUCUUUUCCCAAGCUGCUAACUCUGGAUAUUAGUAACAACAGUUUUAAUGGAAUCAUUCCUCAGCAAAUUUCUAACUUGUCUAGAGUUUCUCAGUUGAAAAUGGAUGCUAAUCUUUUUAGUGGUUCAAUCCCCAUUUCCAUGAUGAAGUUGGCUAGCUUGUCUUUGCUAGACUUAACAGGCAAUAAACUUUCUGGUACCAUUCCAUCAAUUAGAAACUUGACAAAUUUAGAACAUCUUAAGCUCGCAAACAAUAGUCUCUCUGGUCCCAUCCCACCCUACAUAGGAGAGUUGGUGAAUUUGAAAGUUCUUGAUUUUGAAAGUAAUAGAAUUUCGGGAUCAAUUCCUUCAAAUAUUGGAAAUUUGACAAAGCUCGGCAUUUUUUUCUUAGCCCAUAACAUGAUCUCUGGAUCCGUUCCCACCUCCAUUGGAAACUUGAUCAAUCUAGAGUCGCUGGACCUUUCUAGGAACACUAUUUCCGGAGUUAUUCCUUCUACCCUUGGAAAUUUGACAAAGCUCAAUUUUUUAUUAGUGUUUAAUAACAAACUUCAUGGUACAUUACCACCAGCACUGAAUAACUUUACCAAACUCCAAAGCUUACAACUAUCUACAAAUCGUUUCACCGGUCCUUUGCCACAACAAAUUUGCAUAGGUGGGUCACUGAGAAAAUUUGCUGCUAAUGGUAAUUCUUUCACCGGUUCAGUUCCAAAAAGCCUGAAAAAUUGCUCCAGUCUUACCAGAGUAAACCUAUCAGGAAACCGGUUGAGCGGAAAUAUCUCAGAUGCUUUUGGUGUGCAUCCAAAGUUAGACUUCGUUGACCUGAGUAACAAUAAUUUUUAUGGUCACAUUUCACCAAACUGGGCUAAGUGUCCUAGUCUCACAAGCCUUAAGAUAUCCAACAACAAUUUAUCUGGUGGUAUACCACCAGAACUAGGCUGGGCACCCAUGUUACAGGAACUUGUCUUGUUUUCAAAUCAUCUAACAGGAAAAAUUCCAAAAGAACUUGGGAACUUGACCUCUUUGUUUGAUCUAUCAAUAGGUGACAAUGAACUUUUUGGCAACAUUCCUACCGAAAUAGGUGCUUUGUCCCGCCUUGAAAAUUUGGAGCUUGCAGCAAAUAAUUUAGGUGGCCCAAUUCCAAAACAGGUGGGAUCUUUACACAAAUUACUUCACUUGAACUUGAGCAACAACAAAUUCACAGAAAGCAUUCCUUCGUUUAACCAAUUGCAAUCUCUUCAAGAUCUUGACCUUGGUAGGAAUUUGUUAAAUGGAAAAAUACCAGCAGAACUUGCAACUUUGCAAAGAUUGGAAACACUAAACCUCUCACACAACAAUCUCUCUGGAACCAUUCCUGAUUUUAAGAAUAGCUUGGCAAAUGUUGACAUAUCUAACAACCAAUUGGAGGGUUCAAUUCCUAGCAUUCCAGCCUUUCUUAAUGCUUCAUUUGAUGCAUUGAAAAAUAAUAAAGGCUUGUGUGGAAAUGCCUCCGGUUUGGUGCCUUGCCACACCCUACCUCAUGGUAAAAUGAAAAGAAAUGUCAUCAUCCAGGCAUUACUCCCUGCUUUGGGGGCUCUAUUUCUAUUAUUAUUGAUGAUUGGAAUUUCGUUGUGUAUUUAUUAUCGAAGAGCAACAAAGGCCAAAAAGGAGGAGGCUAAAGAAGAACAAACCAAGGAUUAUUUUUCCAUUUGGAGUUAUGAUGGAAAAUUAGUGUAUGAAAGUAUCAUUGAAGCCACAGAGGGGUUUGAUGACAAAUAUCUCAUUGGAGAAGGUGGGUCUGCAUCUGUUUAUAAGGCAAGUUUAUCCACUGGGCAAAUUGUUGCUGUGAAAAAACUACAUGCUGUACCCGACGAGGAAACACUCAACAUAAGAGCUUUUACAAGUGAGGUUCAAGCCUUGGCAGAAAUCAAGCAUCGUAACAUUGUGAAGUUAAUUGGAUAUUGUUUACAUCCCUGCUUCUCCUUUUUGGUUUAUGAGUUCCUAGAGGGAGGUAGCUUGGAUAAAUUACUAAACGAUGAUACGCAUGCAACACUGUUUGAUUGGGAAAGGAGGGUGAAGGUUGUUAAAGGUGUGGCAAAUGCUUUGUACCAUAUGCAUCAUGGUUGCUUUCCUCCUAUUGUUCAUCGAGACAUAUCAAGCAAGAAUGUUCUUAUAGAUUUGGAUUAUGAAGCCCGAGUCUCUGACUUUGGAACAGCUAAAAUUCUGAAGCCUGAUUCACAAAAUUUAAGCUCGUUUGCAGGCACCUAUGGGUAUGCUGCACCAGAGCUUGCUUAUACUAUGGAAGUGAAUGAGAAAUGUGAUGUCUUCAGUUUCGGAGUUCUUUGUUUGGAAAUAAUGAUGGGGAAGCAUCCAGGCGAUCUCAUUUCUUCAUUUUUUUCAUCCCCUGGAAUGUCAUCGGCGUCUAAUUUGCUGUUAAAGGAUGUGUUGGACCAACGACUACCUCAACCAGUGAAUCCAGUUGACAAGGAGGUGAUCUUGAUAGCAAAAAUAACAUUUGCUUGCUUAAGUGAAAGUCCACGUUUUCGCCCAAGCAUGGAACAAGUGUAUAACGAGUUUGUGAUGCCAACAUCAUCUUCAGUGAAUUUAUUCUCCAUGGUCACACUUAGUCAACUCGUUGAUAAUUGAACCUUGUUUCCAGCCUGUUGUAUGCUUUUUUAUUGCUUUAACUAGUGAAGAAUCUCAGCACGGUUUACUGGAGACUCAAUGCAGAUCAGUAAUGAUCUAAACAGAAUAACAUCUGUGUCUCAAAUCCUCUUUAUUCCUCAACUCACUGUAUUGUUGUUAUACAUAAUGUUUCUAGACUUCUAUAUGCUGUAAUCGUGUUAGAAUCAUAUAAAUUGCAUUAGAUUUACAUUGGCUAUA